AGUUUGCGCGCGCGCACGUGUGUUUGUGUGUGUGUCCUGCUCUACCGCAUGAGAUGAUCUGACUUGGGAGUCUUCACCGUCACAAAUACUUCACUCUUUUUGCCUUCACUUCCAUCCGCCGCGGGUCCUCUCGCUGCUUUUGUCUACCCGGGAAUGUUGACCGCAGGGACCUGAGCCGACGCUGCCCGGUCCCUUUCACUUCCACACGGCCGUGUGUGUCCGCGAGGGUCGUAAGCUUGGCUGGCUGACGGGCUGUGAGGUUGUGCUUUGUUCGUUCUUCCAGUAGAACUGUUUCAAGCAGAUUGGACAAAAGAACUGAACACAAAUCAUGGCUGUGGCUGGAUGUCCCGAUUAUUUUCUGCAUCAUCCCAAUUAUCAGCAGGACAAUAUAGACCGGUCCUCCAAUCACAGACAAGCAAACAUCAUUGGGCCGGGCUUCCAACAGUCGACCAAUAGAAAUUCACCAAACCAUCAAGAGGAUGAUGUUGAUUUGGAGGCCCUGGUGAAUGACAUGAACUCUUCACUGGAGAGCCUGUACUCCACCUGCAGUGCUCAUCAGACCGAGUCUACGCCAUUACUUCAAAACGGACAGACCUCAGCUUCCUCCCAGCAACACCACCACAACCAUCACCACCCUCACACACAACACACCCAUCUGCGGCAUGGGCACCACGCGCCAAACCAUGCGUCCACAGACCGACCCCAAGCAAGCCUACAACGGUCACAACCCAUGCACAUCCUAGCUGUCAGGAGGUUGCAGGAGGAGCAGCAACAGCAGCUGAGGACGUCCUCUCUCCCGGCCAUCCCCAACCCCUUCCCUGAGCUUUGCAGUCCGGCCAGCUCACCUGUACUUAGUCCUGGGUCACUACCUCCUGGAGAACCCUCCACUGGCAUAUAUAUUGUUAAAAUCUUCACCGAAGAUGGCAUGUGCAAAGUGGUGGAGAUCCCAGCCGAUAUGACAGCCAGGGACCUUUGCCAGCUCCUGAUCUAUAAAAGCCAUUGUGUGGACGACAACAGUUGGUCACUUGUUGAGCACCACCCGCUGCUGGGGCUAGAACGCUGUCUGGAGGACCAUGAGUUGGUGGUUCAGGUCCAGGCUUCCAUGAGCAGCGACAGUAAAUUCCUCUUCAGGAAGAACUAUGCCAAAUAUGAAUUCUUCAGAACUCCUCUGACAUUUUUCCCAGAGCACAUGGUUGCAUGGUGCCAGGAAACCAAUCGCCCGAUCCCACCAUCGCAGCUCCUGCAGAACUUUCUAGCGACGAGCAGUUGUCCCGAGAUCCAGGGUUAUCUGUAUGUGAAGGAGGUGGGCCGAAAGUCAUGGAAGAAAGUAUACAUGUUCCUGCGGCGCUCAGGACUCUACUGUUCUACAAAAGGAGCCUCAAAGGAGCCCAGACAUCUCCAUUUACUAGCAGACCUUGAAGACAGUAACAUCUUCACUGUCAUCACGGGCAAAAAGCAGCACGGUGCACCCACAGACUACGAGUUCUGUAUCAAGCCCAAUAAAUGCCGUGGGGAGUUAAAGGAUUUAAGGAUUCUGUGUGCUGAGGAUGAACAAGGCAGAACAUGUUGGAUGACCGCUUUUAGAUUGUUUAAGUAUGGGAUUAUAUUGUACCAGAAUUACAAGAUUCCCCAGCAAAGAAAAACCCUGCUUUCACACUUCUCAGCACCCGUGCGAAGUGUGUCUGAGAACUCCCUCGUGGCAAUGGAUUUUUCAGGAACAAUAGGCCGGGUAAUCGACAAUCCUGUGGAAGCUCAGAGCGCCGCCAUGGAGGAGGGACAUGCAUGGAGGAAGAGGAAUCAUCGAAUGAACAUUUUAGGCUCCCACAGUCCGCUGCAUCACUCCUCACUCAACUCAGUCAUCCACAUAGCCCAGCUGUGGUUCCAUGGCAGAAUAACCAGAGAAGAAUCCCAUCGCAUCAUCCACCAACAGGGUCAAGUAGACGGUCUGUUUCUACUACGAGUCAGCCAGAGUAACCCCAAGGCUUUUGUGCUUACAUUGUGCCAUCACCAGAAAAUUAAACAUUUCCAGAUUCUACCGUGUGAGGAGGACGGCCAAGUCUUCUUCAGCCUUGAUGACGGUGCCACCAAAUUCACCGACCUGAUCCAGUUGGUGGAGUUCUAUCAGCUUAACAGAGGAGUUCUGCCUUGUAAACUCAAACACCCGUGCACCAUUGUGGCCUUAUGACGCCGUCGGAUGAUCUGACCCCAUGACCCCCUACCCCCAAUGUUCCCUCCUCACUUGACCUGACAAUGCACCCAAAACUGAACGAAUGUUUAUAUUGGUUGAUUCUUUAUAAGAAGCUGGUGAAUUGACUGAUGUUUUAUUGCUGUUGUUUUGUCAUGAGUCCGCCAGAUACUGCUGAUGUCAUGGAUUCUGUGUGCAUUGGAUGUUGUGAAGUCAAAUGCACAACCUGGUCAAGAGAGAGGAUGGAAAUGAACACUGCCAUUUGUGUCGAUGCUUUUGCUAAAGCUCGUCGUCGUUAACCUCGGACCCGGUGACCCUCCAAGGUUUUUAAUCUCAAUCAACAAGACAAUGAAGUCUCUGGUGUGGACCACUCUGCUCGCUAAGAACAUUGGAACUUCUCUCGCCAUGUUCUCUGAGAAGACUGUGUUGAUUGUCUCUUCGUUUUGCACUCAUCCAAAUGGGAGUGGCCUUCGAGGGUGCUGGACUUCUCCGUUGUUGGGUUGCUUUUAACUGUGAGAUGGCGCCACCGCCCUCUAGUGUUUGAGGCGUGAAACUGACUAAACUCUAAAACAUUGGAGCCAGAACAGAACGUGUGUGAAUCCUUUUUGAAUUUUGGAGAAGUUCUAUUAUGGUUUGGAGAACGUGGUUUAUGAACACUCUGGAAAUGUUUUAAAAACUAUUUUUUUAAUCCACAGACAAUACAAAAUAUGUUUUGUCUCUCCUCACUUAUUUGAGUUUUCUUCUGAAGCCACCAGUUUGCUGACUCUUCAUAUGCUCCACGAGCUUGUUUCCACUUCUUGGUAAGUUCCAAUUUAUCACACUGCCAUUCUGUUUUUCAGAAUGAUGGAAGAAAUAAAGCUACAUGAAUUCGAAUGGUGAUAUGAUGAAGCCAGCAACAUGGUAAGGUGUAAUAGAAUGCUGGGCAGGAGAUAAACCAACAAUCAGAGAUGCCUUACAACUUGCUGGAUUCUGGACAGUCUUCCCCACAUUGCUCUUUAUUAAGGUGCUGUUAGAGAGGCAGUAACGUGCCGUAAACGUUUAUAUGACUUGGAAUAUAAGUGUGCUAAAAUAGUAUACACCCUUUGCCUACUGGACACAUGUAAGAUAUUAGCACAACCUGCAAAACGAGCGUUAUGAUAUACUAUAAUAUACUCUGCUUCUUCGUGGCUGUUUUCAGUCAUAACAUUUAGGAUGCUGUGGUUUAAGUGUUCCUAAUCGUGUUGUCUAAGAAAAUGUCAAUUUUGAGGCUUCUGUGCAACUGAUGCACGGCGUACUGUUAACAUUGGAGGAUCGAGCACACUUACAAAACCGUAGAAUAAACACGAAGAGAGUCAUUUAAUCUCAGACGGCAUGAACCGUACUGUUACUUUACAAAUAUUACAUCCUGAACUCUACUUCAUGGCCAAAAUAUUGGGAACAGUUCUCAGUACCAAACCACAUCAGCUCUUUUUAGGUUUGCUGAAUAAGUAGGGGACACUAAAAUGUGAAAAAUGUAGUUACCCCUCACUCUAAGCAGAGCGCCAUGACUAGAAAUGUGCGGCUUGAUAGUUGCAUGCAUUACGGGCAUAAAAUUCUGAAUGUUUAUGUAAAUCACUGAAAAUCUAAUGAUAGUUUUCCGUAUUUGUCAAUACCCCCCCAAACCAAGUCUCUUUAUUAAUUAGUGAAGGAAGAUUACGACUCAGUGCCUUUAGGUCAGGUGGAGAAUUGUAUUUUUUUUAGAUAUAUAUAUAUUUUUUGGCACUGACUGAUCACAUUUGGAUGAAUUUGAUAAUACAAAAGUCCAAGUAGCCAACUCUACUUUUAGGAAAUGGUAGAUUUUGGUAGUUUUUUUUUUUCAUUCUUUAUUUGUAUUCACCCACAACAUAAACCAUCCCAUUCAUUUCAAUGCAGAAGCCCCUCUUUUGUCACACAAGCAAUUGUAUUUGUAUGAUUCGUUCUUCAGAGACUAAUCCUAUGAUUUGUGUAGCCCUUCACACUUCUGAAGGUAUGUUUAGUCUGCAGUGGUCUCCAGAAAUGCAACAUUAACAGCCAUCUUUUUAUUUAGCUGCAGGUUGUCUUAAGGUUUACUGAACAAAUGAGAUGCAGUACAGCCACACUAUAUUCACACUCUGUGUAUAGUCACCGUUAUUUAUCUAAAAUGCAUUGAUUAUUUUUUUUUUAAGUAUUGUUUCAGCAGAAAUCUACGUAUGUAUUUAUCUGGAUGUGACGGAUCUACUUGAAAAUCUUAGAAUUCUUUUUUUUUUUUUUUUUUUUUUUUUUU